AUGCGCAGAUUGGACGCGAAGGUGAAGAAAGUCCAAGACAAUACAGUCCAAGACAAUACAGCGAGCAGCGGCUUUAUUGCUCGCGCCAGGUCCGAGUGGGAGAGGGUUAAAUACCCUUUAAAGGAAAGCACCAUCCUGAAACUUCGAGAUAUCCUUCAAGAACAGAAAUUGGAUCUGAUUCUCAUUAUCAACGUUUUGAAUACUGAUGCAUCUUCUGCUGAAUCAGAGACUCUCGCUCAGCACAUGUCUCAGUUGUCGUGUGAUAUUUCUCAAUUAGAGGCCGAUGUGGGAGAGAACAAGAAUAUUUUGAAAGCGUCCGUACAAGACCUGAAGCGGAAAGAAGUCCUCGGAUGGAUCUAUAGUCAAGAUCCAUUUAUGCUCUACCAAUCUCGAGAGUCUAGGAGACAUCCCGGCACCUGCCAAUGGUUCCUUCAAGGUCGGGAAUACCUGCAAUGGAGAUCUACAGGGCAACUACUGUGGGUGAAGGGUGAGGUUGGUUGCGGAAAAUCAUUUCUAUGCUCUGCAGUAAUUAGGCACCUGCAAUCCUACUGUACAGCACAGUCUGACAAUAUCCUUGUACAUUUCUUCUUCUCAUUUGCCGAAUCCCACCGGCCUAAUCCGCUUCUGUGCCUCUCGUCCAUAUUAAGGCAAAUGUGUGUGAACGAUCGAGUCCUCCAGAAUGUCGAGGAACUGUACGAAAAGUUCAACGGAUCUACAGCAAGCAGACCUCUGGAGUAUCACGACAUCGAACUCGCGCUGGAUUCGGCCAUUGCGUGCCUCCAGCAAUGCAAAGAGAUAUAUAUUAUCCUUGACGCUCUCGAUGAAUUGCCUAAUGAUCCCGACGAAUACCAAAGGAGUCGUGUUCUGAGUUGGAUCAAAGCAAUUGCUACCCGCUAUCGGCAUGUGCAUAUCCUAUUUACGAGUCGAAGUAACUCAAACUCUCGAGAUAUUGAAGAUUUCGUAGGUACUAUCCCGUCAAUAGAGAUCGUUACCAUAGACGCGAUGAGCAAUCGUCACGACAUGUUCUCGUACCUAGAAGCGCAGUUUAAGAAAAGCCACGUCCUGAACAAAGUGCCUGGCCAUUCUCUCUCACAAAUCCUCAACAGCAUGAUCAGUUUGUCUGGUGGAAUGUUUCUAUGGGUCCACCUUCAGAUGGUAGAGCUCACGAAACUACCUACGCCCAGACUGAAAGAUAUCGACCAUAUCCUGAAAAUUAUGCCACCGAGACUGGACGAUACGUACGUCAGAAUGCUACAAAAUAUUCAUUACUUGCUUUCAAGUGAAGCAGCAAGGGCCCUCCUGUGGCUUUCACUUUCCCUCAGACCGUUUCGCCUAGUCGAGGUCAACGAGAGCUGUAUUAUCAUGCCGCAGAAUAGGCCAGUUAUAGCAGAAGAAGACAGACUGGAGGGGGAAGGGAUCUUGCCGUGUCUAUCCGGUCUUGCCCGCCGGACCGGAAUUGACAACAAGUACCUGGCUCUUUCCCAUUUCUCAGUCAAAGAGUUUCUCACUUCUGAGGCUCUUAAGCAUGACACCUGUUCAUCAUAUGGGUUCCACGAUAAUUCAGCACAUGCUUUGAUUGCGGAAAUCUGUAUUGCGUAUAUUAAUCAUUGCUAUUGCAGUGAGAAUCGAACAGGCACAAGAACGGAUCUCGAACAGUUUCCCCUUCUUGAAUAUGCAUGCCGCUAUUGGUUCGAGCAUAUGAAUUUGGCUGGAGAUGAAGAGCAAAUGAGUCUGGCGUCUUUGGCAUCCACCCUCCUUCAGUCGGGCGAGAAGUGGAAAUACGUCACGUUGAUAUAUAACCACAUGAUUCCCGAUGUACCCUUUAGUUGCGCUGCUCGACAAUUGACUCUUCGCACACCUCUGGGGUGGGCAGCUGCUCUGGGCCUUGGGUCAGUGGUCCAUCUUCUCGCAAUACAACGGCCAGCUGAUCUUCAUAUGAUACAAGACAUCAAAUUCGAUCCCAAGUGUUUCCAAGUACAAGAGCCGUGUGAGGAGUGCUGCAUGAUCAGAUUACACCCCACUAGCGUAAAGCUUCUUAUCAAUGACGGGGCUGAUAUAAAUUCGAGAGGAGAAUUUGGUGAAACCGCUUUGUCAAUUGCAUGCAGAUGCGGGAAUACCGAUCUAGUCAAAUAUCUUCUGGACAGUGGUGCCAGUCCUUCUGGUGUUCUAACGAAAGCCAUACGUGGAUCGUCCACCCUGAUUUGCCAAUUAUUAUUGGACGCCGGGGCCGUGGCUGAUGAGGAAAUAAAAGGCGAAACCCCUUUGAUAUUGGCAGCUGAAUUGGACAAUGAUCAUAUUUGCCAAGUUCUUCUGGAUUAUGGCGCAGACGUCAACCGACUGAUAGAGGUCGACGAUUGGGAAACGUGGGAUCCCGCUUUUGCAACUGAUGCAUUGACUGGAGCUACUAUGUCUGGCAAUGUUGAAAUAGUCGAGCUACUUCUCUCUAAUGGGGCUCAUAUCAGAGGUAGCGCUCUGGCAUACUCUCUGACUGGAGUGGAGGGUGGGCUGUCUGAUAAACACCGUGAAAUCUGUAACAUUCUGAUUGAGCACGGGGCUGACUUGAAUCCAGAUCUUGGGGGUUUCUUUAAUACACCGCUCGCCAUGGCGCUCUAUAAUGGCUGGCUGGAUAUUGCUAGACGCAUGAUCAGUAAGGGUGCCCGAAUUGAGCCGAGUGAUCCUACUUGCCUUUUAGCAGGUAAUAUUUUGGUCGCAGCAGUUUCCAACGUGGACAUGACUCGUGAAAUCAUAGGUAUUGGUGUUGCAGUUGAUUCUCCAAUCGCAGCUGUUCACCAAUGGGCUUGGGAGAUGGAUGGCGAUGCCUGCAAUUUUACUACAGCCCUCCAAGCUGCAGCAUAUCUUGGACAUGUUGAGACCGUGGAACUUUUACUUGCAAAUGGUGCCAAUCCAAACGUCCUUGGUCCACCAUACGGAAGCACCUUGUUUUCUCUUUUCGCAGGAACCUGUUAUGCCAUAGAAAACAUUGGGCCCGAGUCACACGAACAGGCAGCGAAGAAAGCCUAUAAUCUAUCUGUGAGAGAAAAGACAAUCCAGGUCUACAAAAUUCUGCAGGAGCGAGGUGUCCAAAAUAUCAUCCCAUGGGGUUCUCUGAAUUACGACGCGUAUCGUACAUGCGUGCGCGGGAUCAAAUAUUCAUCAAUCAGGACUGCUAAUGCUAUGACUCGCUCCAUCGACGAGAAAAAGUUUGCCAUUCUCUCCGGAGGAACCUUUUGCAGAGUUGUGCGCAGUUAGAG